UAAGAACAAGACCACAGUAGCCUAUGUUUCCAAACGUCAUUUAAGGGACCAUUGUGUGUUCUCAAUUAUCUACCAUGCUGAGGUUAUUUGCUAAAUCAGUAAAAUUUUCUAGAUCGGUUCAUUGCCAGCUGCGAGACAACCACACGCUUCCAGAACUUCCGUAUGAUUACGCAGCUCUCGAACCUACUUUAAGCCGUGAGGUUAUGGAACUUCACCACCAAAAGCACCAUGCUGGCUACGUUAAGGCUUUGAAUAGCGCCGAAGAUGAACUGACGGAUGCUCUUGCUAGCACUGAUAUAUCCAAAGUUGUACAACUGGGGAAGACUAUCAGAUUCAACGGCGGUGGUCACAUAAACCAUUCGCUCUUUUGGGAAAACCUGACUCCACAUUGCACAAUCCCUUCGAAGGCGUUGGCAGCUGCAUUGAAAAGUAAUUUCUACAGCGCGGAAGACUUCAAAAGUAUAAUGAAAGAAACAGCGCUCCAAAUUCAAGGGUCGGGAUGGGCUUGGCUUGGUUGGCAUAAACCGACGAAAUCACUCAAGAUUGUUGCAUGUGUAAAUCAGGAUUCGCUGGAAGCUACAACUGGUUUGAUACCGGUGUUGGGAAUCGAUGUUUGGGAGCAUGCCUACUAUAUUCAAUACAGAAAUGAUCGAGCUAUGUACUUUGACGCUUUGUGGGAGAUCAUCGACUGGAAAGUGGCAUCCAAGCGGUACGAAAAAGAACGUUGUGCAAUUUAGUGGGAAGUACUUUUUUCGUUUGAUCUGGUAAUUUUAGUUGA